UUUGCCAAGCGAGCGAAAGGCUUCACCUUUGUCCUUUCCACGAGUGCAAAACCCUCGAAAUUGCCCUAAAAAUCGGAUUUUUAUGGGUUGAUAGUAUGAAUUAGGGAGAGUGGAAGGCCGCCUGCUGUGUUCGUUCACGUUCUGGUUCCUUGAAUCUUCGGUUUUGGUUCUUCAAUGGCGAUAGUUAGCUCGUCAGUGGCUCUUCGUUUACGGCAGCCGCAGAUGGAGAGGAGGCUUGUGCGUAGCUUGGAAGGGAGCCCGAGCUCGCGGUCAGCGGGAAGUGGUGGAGGUCCUGGAGGAGAGACCGAGGAUGAGAUGGUUGUCGGCCCGGUGGGAAGGGAGGAAGAGAUUGAAGCGCCGGAGAAGGUUUUCGUGGCGGUUGGGAAGGAUUUCAAGGAUGGAAAGACUUUGAUUAGUUGGGUGUGUCAAAAUACUCCGAAGGAGAAGAAGAUUGUUCUUGUUCAUGUUCAUCGCCCCGCUCAAAUGAUUCCCAUGAUGGGAAGCAAGUUUCCUGCUAGCCAAUUGGCAGAACAACAGGUCAAAGCUUACAGACAGGUUGAGAAGCAGAAGAUGAACAAAGGCUUAGACGAAUAUCUCCUCUUUUGUUCUCAACUAAAGUUCCAAGCGGAAAAGCUGGUAAUUGAAACGGAUGAUGUUGCUAAAGGGCUUAUUGAGGUCAUCUCUCAGCAUCGGAUCACCAAUCUUGUAAUGGGAGCUGCUGCUGACAAGCAAUAUUCAAAGAAAAUGAAAGCACCAAAAUCCAAGACAGCUAUUAAUGUACAGCAGCAAGCUGAUCCGUCGUGCAAGAUCUGGUUUGUUUGCAAAGGGAACUUGAUAUGCACUAGGGAUGCUGAUCUAGAUGGAUAUGGAACACAGCAGCCGGCCAUGGUCAGCCCAAGUUCCUCAUCUGGUCAUUCUGAGGAUUUGAGAUCAAAAUCUCUACCUGGACAUACUGAAGCAUCAAACUGGCUCCCCAAUAUCGCGCUAGAACUCUUCAAGAAUAAAUCAGUAUCUAAUAUUUUUGAAUCAUCUGGUGAUAAAACAUUGAAUCCAAGGAGACGGUUAAGUUCACAGGGAAGUGCUGUUGACCUCUGGGAUGAGUUUCCGCAAACUCCUCAAGCUCCGAGUCAUUCUCCUAUGACUGAGGAAAUAAUAAUCAGCAACUCAGGCCCAUUACCCAUUUCAAAUGAUGAAGAGAGUGAAGUCGGCUCUGUGACUUUACCAUCUUUACAUGAGUCUGAUGAGGAUGCUCAUUUUUCUUCUCCACAACAUGAGCUGGCAGAGGCUGGUUUGGAUGAUGAGGUCUAUCAAAGUUUGCAACAUGCUCUCACUGAGGUGGAGAACUCAAAACAGGAAGCUUAUGAAGAGGCACGCAGGCGUCAGAAGGCUGAAAGGGAGGCAAUGGAGGCUAUGCGAAAAGCCAAAGCUUCAGAGUAUUUGUUUGUGAAAGAGAUGAAACAAAGAAAAGAAACCGAGGAAACGUUGGCCAGAGAAAAGUUGGAAUUGGAAAAACUCAAAACCCAGAAUGAUCAAGUUUCCGAAAAACUCGGAAAGGCAUUAGAACAGAAGCAAGCAUUAGAAGCUCGCAUUUCUGAUUCUCAUCUUUUAGUCAAGGAUUUUAAGGAGAAACUAUCAACUGCACAAUCCCUCCUAAAUUCGCUGCAAAAAGAACAUGAGGAUUUGCAACGGGAGAGAGACAAUGCAAUUAGGGAAAUUGAGGAGUUGCGUCAAAGAAAGGAAGUCGGCAGCAGUGUAUACCGGCCAUUGAACUUCUUGGAGUUUUCAUACUCUGAGCUUCAACAAGCAACUCAGAACUUUGACAAGUCUAUGAAAAUUGGAGAAGGUGGCUAUGGAAGUGUAUACAAAGGAUUUCUGAGGCACACUGCAGUGGCUAUAAAGUUGUUAAAUCCUCAAAGCAAACAAGGGGAAGCAGAAUUUCAUCAAGAGUUGGAUGUUCUCAGUAAGGUGAGGCAUCCGAACCUUGUGAUCCUAAUAGGAGCCUGCCUAGAAAAAAGAGCUCUUGUUUAUGAGUUUCUUUGUAAUGGUUGCUUGGAAGAUCGUCUUGUAUGCAAGGACAACACGGCACCACUCACCUGGCAGGUCCGCACUCAUAUCGCUGCUGAGAUUUGCUCUGCUCUGACUUUCUUACAUUCGAACAAGCCACACACCAUUGUUCAUGGGGACUUAAAGCCGGCCAAUAUCCUCCUUGACUCAAAUUUUGUCAGCAAGCUCGGGGAUUUUGGUAUCUGCCGUCUCCUCCUUCAGUCCAAUGACACCACCAAUCUCUUCCGCGAGACUCACCCGAAGGGUACCUUUGUCUACAUGGACCCUGAAUUCAUAUCAACUGGGCAGCUCACACCACGCUCCGACACAUACUCAUUUGGUGUGAUUCUCCUUCGCCUCUUGACAAGAAGGCCUCCGCUGGGCAUAGUUCGGGAAGUGCAAGAAGCAAUUGAGAAGGAAUGCUUGCAUGAGAUUCUUGAUCCUUCCGCUGGCGAUUGGCCAUUUGUGCAAGCCAAGCAGUUGGCACAGCUAGCUUUAAGAUGCUGUGAGAUAAGCCGAAAGAACCGGCCAGAUCUUGGAAAGGAAGUUUGGAAAGUUCUUGAGCCAAUGGCAAAGACUGUUGCAAAAUUGGGAUCAUUAUCAGACCCAUCAGGAGCUUCUGCCGAUGAUUCUAGCUACGCUCCAUCCUACUUUAUUUGCCCCGUCUUUCAGGAGAUCAUGAAAGAGCCACACAUUGCAUCAGAUGGAUAUACGUAUGAAGCCGAGGCUAUAAGAGGAUGGCUCGACAGCGGGCAUGAAACAUCACCUAUGACUAACCUUACACUCGCGCACCGUGAGUUCAUACCGAACCUCGCUCUUCGCUCAGCGAUUCGUGAAUGGAUGGAGCAGCGAAAAUGAUAUUCCAUAGUUCAUCUUUCGAUUUUUUUUUUUAUGCAUAUGAAUUUGUUUCCACGUUGUAUAAUGUAUACAAAGCAAAUCUUGAUUACAUGCAUGUAUAGAUGUUUAGAUAUACCUACAUAGUGUUUGUCUGUAGAUUUAUCAAAAAAAA